CGCAACAGCGUUCAGUCCGCAUCCGUACGCGCGUCUUGUCGGAUGAUAGGGCGGGUUGUACAAACGACAUAUCUCAUCGUGAAACUGAGAAUUUUCGUCGACACGAGGGUGCUCGUGCCGAUCAAAAAGCGCGCGUCCGUAGGCGGCAAACAUUUCAAAAAUCAAAUCCGAAACGUGACAAAACACGUGGCGGUGGGGAAUGAGAGGAUCCUAUUUCCUCCUAAAUCGCUAUCUCGAAUGGAAGGUUUCAAGUGCGCGGAAAAUAAUUUGCGUGAUCUCUCGAUCGGAUCAAUUGAUCAUUGAACAGCUGAUCGGCAACGGCGUCGUCGAAGGCGCGGCGCCAGUUUUUGAGCGCGUUGCUUCAUGGAAGAAGUGUCGCGAUAGGAAAGUCAGUCGCACUGAAAAGUGAAAAGAUCGAUUGUCACUUGAAAAAUCUACAUCUACCAUUAUUCAUUAUUUCGGUUUGCGGAAGUGUACAUGUGAACUGCGGACGACGCGUGCAGACCCUUGUAUCCGUUUGAGAAGAAAGGACCCAUUCCCGGUUUAUGGAAUAAAGUCACGCCGUAUCCAGGUCUGAUACGAAAACCAAAAUCGUCGGCGCUAUUCCGGGGAAGCAGACGCUGCAAUAUAUUCUUGCGGACUCUUCGAAGUGUUAUUCGUGGCUGUGAGCGAUAAAGCGCACCGCGCACAUUGGCCGAUUUCAAGGAGCUACUUGAGAUGUAAGGUAGUGGUUGAAUCGGUACCACGAUCGACAUCGAUCGACGACGAUCAACUAGAUUGUCGACAGAUGGUCCUCGGUCAUUCCUAGAAGAUCACGAAGACGGUUUGUCGAGGAUGUCACCAGACGAGGAGAGGACACGGACGGUGAUGCGCACUGUGCCAACGGCGAAGGGGGACCAGUUGGUGAACGAUGAUUCAAUGAACAAGAAAGACCUGGUAACCCGGAAGGAUGAGUCGAUGGUGGUCAAGGUCGAAUACGUGCCGAGGAUCAAGUGGCUGGACCUCAGCGCGCAGAUCUUCAUACACGUCGGCUGCCUCUACGGACUCUACCUGGUGCUCACACAGGCGAAGUGGCUCACAGUGCUAUGGGUGUUCGUAACGAUUUAUACGUCCGGCUUCGGCAUUACGGCUGGCGUGCACAGAUUAUGGUCGCACAAGGCGUACAAAGCGAAAUGGCCCCUGCGUCUACUUCUCGUUUUCCUCUUUACGAUAACCGGGCAAGGUGUCCUUUUUGCGCAGAGGGACGUGUACACGUGGGCACUGGACCACAGGGUGCAUCACAAGUACAGCGAAACUGAUGCGGACCCCCAUAACGCGAAGAGAGGUUUCUUCUUUGCUCACGUAGGGUGGCUCUUUACGACGCCUCAUCCCGACGUCGUCGCCAAGCGCAAGGUAGUUGACAUGAGUGACCUGGAAGCGGAUCCUAUAGUUAUGUGGCAGAAAAGGCUGUACAUACCCUUAUUCGCUCUUUUGGCCAUCGGGCUACCUGUGGCGGUCCCUUGCUACUUCUGGUCGGAGUCACUGUGGAUCUCGUUCUGGAUUAGCUUCAAUCUCCGUUUCUGCGUUACGCUGAACAUCGCCUUUUGCGUGAACAGCGUAGCACACAUGUGGGGACAGAGGCCCUACGACAAGAACAUCUCGCCGGUGGAGAAUGUCGCGGUGUCGAUCGCGGCGCUCGGCGAGGGGUGGCAUAAUUACCACCAUGUGUUCCCGUGGGAUUACAAGACCGGCGAGCUGGGCGAGUACAGUCUAAAUCUCACCACUGGCUUCAUCGACUCGUUCGCGCGGAUCGGUUGGGUCUACGAUCGCAAGUCCGUCUCGCCCAGGAUGAUCCACCGCAGAGCGCAUCGAUGCGGCGAUGGUAGCCACGUCUGGGGUUACGGCGACCUUGACAUCCUGAGCGAGGAUCUGGAAGAGCUGGAGAUGAUGGACAAGCACGAGCUUAACUCAUUCUACAAUAAUGCAAUUCUAAAUAGGGUCAGAAGGCCGGAGCCAAUAUGCUCAGCGUCACCGCCAACAUCUAGUCCUUAUCCGGCUUUUGAGAAGUACACUUCGAUAUACGACACCAUUUCGAACAUGGAAAACAAGGAAAAGAGCAGCGAGGAGAUGGAAAACAAGGAAAAGAGCAGCGAGGAGAGUAGCAAGGAACUGUCCCUAAACUGGGUUGUUAUUCUCUUUCAUAUUUAUCUUCACCUUCUCGGUAUCAUCGGAUUAUAUGUGCUGUUCUGCAACGUGAAAUGGAUGACGGUAUUCUUUUUUAUAUUCCUCGUUACAAUCUCUCUCAUAGGACUCACAGCAGGCGCUCAUAGAUUGUACGCGCAUCGAACAUUCACUGCAACAUCGGAACUCAGAUUUUUCAUUAUGAUAGCACACACCCUUGCAGGCGUGGGCUCGAUAAAGAAUUGGGUAUUCUGGCACAGAAUCCAUCACAAAUACUAUGGUACAGACAGGGACCCGUACAAUCAUAAGAAAGGUUUCCUCUUUUCCCACGUGUACGGCAACAUGCUAUCGUCACCCUCCGAUCUGAACACGUAUGCAAAAACUAUCGAUAUGAGCGACAUCAAAAGCGAUGGAUAUGUCCGCACGCAACAUAAGUUCUAUUGGAUACUCUUCAUCGUGCUCGGAUUUAUGAUACCUAUCAACAUACCCAUAAUGUACUGGAAUGAAUCGCUCGCAAACUCGAUUAUGAUUAUGGGUAUAACACGACUGAUGAUAACGAGCAACAUCUCCUGGCUUGUAAACAGCGCUAUGCUAGUCUGGGGUCUGAAGAAAGGAGACAGGUUUCCAGUCGAAGAUAAUAGUAUCUUCUUCAUCUGGAAAUCCUUCUGGAUCAAUUAUCACUACGUGAUUCCCUGGGACUGGAAAAGCGACGAAUUCGGUCGUUAUGAGAAGGGCUUCGUCACGUUCAUCAUAAAGAUAUGGUGGGAACUCGGACUCGUGAAGGAGAUGAUGACCGUUAGCAGAGAGAAGAUGUACGAAGUUCUCUACAAAGUCGCUGAUUCGGAAAUAACGAUGGAUGAUGCUCUGGAGAAGAUGAAGGAACGUGCAACAGAGGACGCCCUGAAGGAAGGGCUAAUGUAUUAUCAUUAAGGGAACGAGUUCGCGAAAGAGCUGAUUAAAACAAGAAAGAUGUUUAAUUAACGGGCAAUUAUAAAAUAACUAUAUGCAAUAUUGAAAUUUUGUAAUCUAAUUGAUUAAAUAAAUAUUUUGUAAUUUUUGGCAAUCUACAUUGAAUGUUUACGUACCCGUUCAACUCGCUCAUACGCAAUUUUAUCUAUUGUUUCUGAAAUAAAUAAGACAUAUCGGAUGACAUGAAUUGCGACAACUUGUUUGGACAAUGAAAGAUUAAAAAUCACCGAAUAUUUUUCUUAAGUAAAUUUCUUAAAAAUUAAGCUUUGGUCACAAUAUAUUUUAUAUUGUAUAGCGGUCGAUCUAGCAUACAAACUGAAACAAGAUGUAAUAAAAAGACACAAAAUAUAUUAUAUAAUAUUUCUUUAC